AUGAAAUCUGCGUUUCAGAGCUUCAAGCUGAACGUGGACGGUCACAGCGUUCUGAAGGAGAACGUUCUGGAGGAAGGAAGAGCCCUGCUCGCUGUCAUCACCUCCCACCAAUCAGGUCUGAAGGAUAUCCUCCACAUGGUUUCCAGCCAAUGGGAUCAGCUGCAGCGGCAGAUCCGGCGCCAACACGGCUGGAUGCUCCGCGCCCUCCGCUGCAUUCAGGCCCGCCUCCUCUACACGGGCCAAUCGCACGAGCUCUUCGCAGCCUCGACUGAGCCGUCAGCGAGUUGGCAGAGUCCGAGUCCGGCGGACGGCCUCAAGACUGAACUGAUCUCCAGUCAGCGAGAGGCUCAGCGAGCCGCUCUGGAGCAGAUGGCCGUCAAACUGAGCAGCCUGUGCUACCCCUCAUCCACCAGCAGGAGGCACUGCACUCAGAUGGCCAGAAGCAACAGUCUGCAGGAGUUCGAGGCCGAGUACCAGGAGCUCUGGGACUGGCUGAUGGACAUGGACGCCAUGGUGAUGGACAGUCACCAGCUGAUGAUGUCAGAGGAGCAGAGACAUCAACUCUUCAAG